AAAACCACUUCAGCAACUCCUCUGGCAAACAGAUCAUUUCAACAAACUCGUAGGUGUAAAACAUUUGGAGGAUAUACAGUGAAGCCAUGGUUCAGCUGUCAGUAGGAUUGUUGGUGUGGUUUUCUCUCCACAGCUCAGCUCUCACCUCCCAAAAUGGCUCGCUGCUCCCACGGACUUUCUCUGGUCACUUUGUGAUGGUCACUGCUGAGCCUGUGGACUACAUUGACCUGUCUGUGUUAGACAGUUUGAAGGAUGACGGGGGGUCCGGCUCAGGGUCGGAACAGGAGCCUGUGAAAAAACACGGCCUCCACGUUCCUCACCGCCAUCCCCAGAAGCAUUAUUUUGUCUCAGAGGAAGCUAAAGGUUUUCUCCAAGGUCGUCUGGCGACGAGCUUCGUCCCGACCGUUUACACCCUCGUCUUCAUCAUCAGCGUGCCCCUCAACCUUGUUGCCAUGGUGAUGUUUGUGCAUCACAUCCGUCCCAGAAAACCGGCGGUGAUCUACAUGCUGAACCUGGCCUGCGCUGACCUGCUGUUCGGCCUCCUCCUUCCCUUCAAGAUUGCCUACCAUUACCAUGGCAACAACUGGAUCUAUGGCUCCUUCAUGUGCAGAGUUGUCACCGCAGCUUUCUACUGCAACAUGUAUUGCUCUGUCCUGCUCAUGACGUGCAUCAGCAUCGACCGCUUCCUGGCCGUGGUUUACCCCAUGAACUCGCUGACGUGGCGCAGCCCUCAGACAGCUUCAGCCGUGUGUGCUGCCAUGUGGCUGUUGGCCCUCGGAGGAGUGUCCCCGCUCCUGAUAUCUGGGCAAACCAUCCAUUUGCCAGACCUGGGCAUCACCACCUGCCAUGAUGUGCAGGAUGUGGAAAACCUACAAGCUUAUUAUCUCUACUUCUUCCCCAUCUACUCCUCUGUCUUCUUCUUCAUCCCCCUCGUCUUCACCGUUGUCUGUUAUGUACGUAUUAUUCAGGCUCUGGCAGCAGCCAAUGUGGAGAACCGCUCCAGAAAGACUCGAGCUGUAGUGAUGGCCGUGGUCGUGCUGGUGGUGUUCGUGGUCUGCUUCACCCCCACCAACAUCAUCCUCAUGGUUCACUAUGUUCAGGUGUCCCACAAGUCCGGUGACAGUUCCUACCAGGCGUACCUGCUCUCCAUGUGUCUCGGCAGCCUCAGCUGCUGUCUGGAUCCUCUCCUCUAUUACUUCGGCUCCUCUCAGUGCCAGAAGCAGAUGGCAGCGCUGCUCAGAUGUAGGCGACUGGCACAAGCAGAGAGCAGCUCAGGGACGCAAAGUACAAGAACCAGCGGGCGGACAGACAGCAGCAAGUCAUACAAGAUGGAGAGUGUUCAAACUGGCCUGGGGAGCCAUUACAGCAGGCUGGUGGCUUAAUUGCAUGGACACCAGGAGCCUGGCUCUGAGAGACUCUUCAAACUUACACACACAGAGCAUGAUACAUCAGAGUCAAAGUGUAUCUAAAUCCUUAAUAAGGCAAUGCCUGGGUUGGAUCAAAAGAGUGUUUCCAGUGCCUGGAGGUGCUGGAUUUACUUGCACUUAAAUUAGCUUGUUAGAUAUAUCAUUGUUUACAUAAAGAGAACAAGUUUUUUUUUUUAAUUUUGCAAUCAUGCAUCCACCAGUGUGACAGUGUGUGGUAUCUUAAAUUUAUAUAGAAGAAAUUUGCCCGCCUUUCUUUUCAUAUUUGUGUUUCAUACUCAUGUUUUCAGUGAAUCAGGAGCAUUAGACUUAGUGUAUAAUAAUAAUAAUAAUAAUAAAGUUUUAAUCUGAAAAAUAUUACAUGUGAUGUAAUAACUGCAGUAUUGUAAGACAAAAAAAAAUUCAUGAUACAAUUCAUCAUCAUCACGUAUGUCAUCAUCAUCAUUUGUUUUAGGUUUGUAUAAGUACACAUGUAAAGUCAUUAAUGAGUUGAUGCACUGGCAUUCAUGAAGCCAAAACGUGCGUGUAAAUAGCAAAGUUUGUGCUAAAUCAUAGAUAAUUCAGUCAAAACAAUACUUCUACAUUAUACACAUUUUUGCUUAACAGGAUGUUUCUGUAUCUGUUCAUCUUUUUAUGUUGGGGCUCACUCUGCACUCUCUCUGUCGUCGGGGCAGAGCUCUGAAACACAGGAAAACACAAACAAGAUGGACUGUUGGAGACAAACAAGAGAGAGAAAAUAUUCCCUGAGCAUCACGAAGAAUAUUGGCUCCAUUUCCAUAUCCUGGCCAUGUGCACUGCACUUUAUGGAAUUACUCUAAAAGUAAUUAGGUUUGCUGCAUAAAGACAUCAUGUGUAAUCAUAGUUAAAUGUCGCUUUUCACAAUGCAAUAUCUCCACCUUGUGGCAGCUGCGUUUUUAGCUCCAGUCUUUUCAUGCUGCUAAAGAGUCACUCACCUGUUGUCUCAUCGUAGCUAUGGAAGUUCUCUGGGAAGUUCAGACACCCAACCUGUUUCUUGAAAAUUUCCACAUCUUUGGGGUCUAUUUUUCCUGUCCUUGCUGAAAAAGUGGAAAUUGUAAAAAGGAGUGACUACGUUUGAAACUCUGAGACAGUUGUGUUGAAACUGAUGAGGACAGAACUUACUGAACUGCAGGAUGUAUCUACCAGUGACGUCCCCAUUUCGAAAGGUGUCUGUCCACAGCAGGCAGUCAGAGCACGUCUGCAGAAUAUGUCCUUUGUGGUCUGACAGAUUUUCUUUAAAGGUGGACAGAGCGACUGAUUAUUAUGCAAUAUUAUGGAGAUCUGGUGUCGUGUAUAUACUGCGCUUUUAUUCAGAAUGUUUGUAUCAGCUUCAUCUCUUUUCAUGUGCUAAUCUACACAUCACUUGUCUGGUGUUCACUUACUGCGAAAAGUGGUGGCAAGUCCUGAGACUGUUGCAUUUACCUCCCCCAAGAUACACCGAUUACUGAGAAACAAGAAUACGUUGCGGCACAAAUUUGUUUUAACAAGCUUAGACUUUAACACCGUUUAUUAAAUUUAGUGCUACAAACUCUAUUUAAGGAUGUGCCCAACAUAUUAAAUCAAACUUACAAGCAGUGAUCUCCCCAACGUAAUGUCACAAUUUGACUGUCGGAUGUGGGAGACAAGUCUAUCCAGGAGCUUUUCAGAGACUCCAGUGCCUUGUGGUACGGCUUGGGGUCACCAGCUCCCAUCACAUAUACCCAUUUUCCAAAAACCUUCACAUAAAAAGUAAACAUUCUUGUAACUGUACUAAAAACACUGUGUGCUUAUUGAUAAUAUGGUUUUUAAAUCAAAUCAACUAUCAUUGGGAUAAAUAAGACAUCAUUAAAAAGCAUCAUAAGCACAACUUACCAUUUUGGGGUCCUCUGGCAUAAUUGGUUUGACCAGAUCCUUACAGUCAGGUGCAGUUGCAGCACUGAAAGAAGUGUGAGCCAAUAGAAAUACAACAACAGGCAGAACCAUAGUUAUUACUGAGGGGUGAGGAUGAGAUGGAAGAGGGAGAGACAGCAGCACUGCAGAGGAUGUUGCUGAAGCUGCAACAGAAAAACGUCUAGUGCCGAUUCAUUUUCCCUCUGGGACUUCUAACCAAAAAAAAAGGUGUUGUGCAAGUGCUAAUAUGGCAGAGGAGGGGGUUUCUACAUGCUCAGAUGCACCAAUGAAGUUUUUUAAUGACCAUGCAGAGCCAUGCAGAUUUCCUUUGCUCAGCACUGAAUGGCAAGCUCAACAGUCCUCUGUUGCCAAUGCUGCCGCGCCUGAACGAGCUCAGGCAAAGUGCCACGACUUGUCUGGGACUGCUGAGACAGUUAAAAAGGACCUGAAGCAGCUUUUCUCCAGCAGAACGAACGCUGUUUCCCUGCGGGUCUGUGUGGACUCCAUGAGGCGACAGUUUAAAUGUUUGACGUCUUCUUUCUCCCCCUGACAGUGACGUUACCCAGCAACAGGCUUUGUUGAAGUGUCUGGGAACAGCGCUGCAUUUGAGAGGAGCUGUAGUAGUUUGGAAGAAGCGUAUAAUUUUUACAUACAGGUCAAGUGUCUGGCAUCUUGUAUUGUUAAAAUGACCAACAAAUGUUGGAGCUCAGAAGCCAAGCACUUUUUCUGAAUAAGGGUAGGAAUAAAUGACCAGAACACAGUACAGAGGGAGACUGAAAGCGGUUUUAUUUACCUCACACAACCAGUUGAAAACAGUUCACACACUCAAUUAUUUACAGGUUGUUGAACUGACUUAAAGGAGGCAUGUAAGGGUUUUUUCAGCCAUUACUGUUCCUGCCAUUCAAAUUCCACAUUUCCUACACUAAAUCAUGAGAGGUCAAGCACACAGUAAUAAGACUACACAUGACUGACCACAGAUCUAACAUUUAUAUUAUCACUGCUGAAUGACGACAGUAUCACAUCAGUGCACAUGCAGAUCACAUUGCAAUACUAUUUAGUACAUGUUACGCUGUGUGCAGAGCUGCCACCUCUGCUCUGCUUUAUUUUGCAUUUGGCUGAACAUCAGUUUGCUCACUCUCUGUAUUCUCAGUAGCAGGUGAUGCAGUUACUCUGUCAUCUGGGCACAGAUCUGAAAUAAGAGAGAAUGAUUAGUGA